CUGCUCAUCAUCUGCAAUCAGAAGUUGAGAAGUUUUGGCGGGAAGAGCACACAACAAAUUCCGUCCGCACCAAGCUCUACCGGCGGACUGAGAACCCACUUACACUUCGACUGGAAAAGGGAAACUUUGAGAAAGAUAAGCCAACUCGUUGGGAAUACCCUGUUUAUUCCAAGAAUAUUUGGAGAUACUUCUUUUUAUUUUGGUAGCUUGUCAGAAAACUAGAAUAUGCAAUUGGGAGUAUCAUUUGUGCUCAUCUGUUUGGCCCUUGGGUCAGCAGAAGCGAACAUUUCGUUGCAGCCGAUAUCACGUGUGUACCUACCUUUUAAGAAGUUACCGCCUGGAGCCGGAGGGACAGGAGGAGGAGGUGGUGGAGGAGGAGGAGGGGGAGCCGGCGGGAGAGGGAGAGCAAGAGAAGGACCUAACGGACCAAACCACGAAAUGUACGGUUUAAACAAAGGCGCAGCUUUCAAAACAGCUUAUGACAUGGACAAGAAGUUUGCUUAUGUUGGAGGUCGUCGACUUGUUCAAAUCGUGGACUUUAGGGAUGUAAUUAGACCUAAGAUCGUAGAACAGAUCCCCACAAUGGGUCCAGUAGCAGACAUAGCUGAAUGUGGUGAUUUGGUAGCAUUUCUUCAGCCAGGAGAGUCUCAUUUCACGGAUGUUGGCUCGCUAAAGAUAUACGAGAAAUACAACCCUGUCACGAACACGAUGAGAGAACUCUGCGACGUUACAGUUGGAUCACAGCCGAUAGCCGUCCGCUUCGCCCAGGGAUGCAGCCUCAUAAUUGUUGCUAAUGAAGGUGCCAUGGGAGAAAAUAGGGUUACUAAGCAAUUUGUCAACCCUGAAGGAACCAUUACUACAGUACGCCUUGCAGGUUCAGUUUCAAGUGGACCAAGUCAGCAGAUUGUUAACACCACGUUUGGAGUUGGUGGUCAGGCAACUACACCAUUCCCACCAAUGCAAACUACAUGGAGCCCCAAUACAGGACCCGUUCAAGGUGGUCAAGGGGGCCAAGGUGGUCAAGGUGGUCAAGGUGGCCAAGGAGGACAGGGUGGCCAAGGAGGUCAAGGUGGCCAAGGAGGUCAGGGUGGUCAAGGAGGUCAAGGUGGACAAGGACAGGGUGGACGAGGUACCGGACAGGGCACCGGACAGGGAUAUUAUCCUGGUCAAGGAGGAGGCGGCUUUGGAGGUGGAGGAUGGGGACAAGGUGGAUUUAACCCGGGUAAUAAUUUCCCCCAGUACGAACCUGUUCUCCCUACCACACCACUACCAGGAACGAUUUGCAAUGGAACAUCAACCAUGAGCUACGUAGUCACCCAGAUCGAUUUCAAGAAAUUUAACGCACCAGCCGAGGUACAGCGACUGAAAGCCCUCCAUAUUCGUCAGCCCUACACAGGUCAACUAGGUGACCCCGGACCAAACACAUUCUCACAGGGAUUGGAACCCCAGCACAUCACACUGGAUGCACGAGAACAAACCGCUUACGUCAGUUUACAAGAAAACAAUGGCAUUGCCGUGGUAGAUUUGGCCAACAACACUGUUAUUGACAUCCUUCCUAUGGGGCUGAAGAGUUGGAAUGGGCUUAAUAUAGAUGCAAGUAAUGCUGAUGGAGGUGCUGUACUCCAGCAAUAUACAGGUCUGAACAGCUUCCCCAUGCCAGAUGCUAUUGAAACAUACACCGACGCGAUGGGAGACCUUUACGUGGUAACUGCCAAUGAGGGCGCCUCAACCAUGCCUGUUCGCUGUUCUGCUGAAGUUUGCCCGGGCGGUCCCGGAGAAUUCGAACAAGUGGAAAUUGGAGAAGAAUUCAUAGUGGAAGAGUUACUUCCACAGCCUGUGAUAGACAGUCCUCUUGGAGAAGCCAUGGCUCAGGAAACGCAGUUAGGUGGUGCUCUAUUCAGUUUGGUGGAUGGUAACAAUCCCAACGAGCCAGAACUCUUCAACUCUGUCUACAUGUUUGGUGGACGCGGAAUUUCAACAUAUAAGGUUGAUCCAAUCACUAACAACAUGACCCUCGCUUGGGAUAGUGGUGACAUCAUUGAGACAGAGAUUGCAAAGCUGGCCCCUAAGAUCUUCAACGGAGCUGCCUUUGCCAAUGUACCUGAAAGGGUUAAACCAAUAAUGACAAUGGAUGCAAAGUCGCCCCAAAGGGGACCGGAAUGCGAGUCUUUAGCUGUCGGCGAUGUUCAGGGCAGAAAAAUCAUCUUCGUUGGUAUUGAUGGAGUCAGCGCUAUUGCCAUCUUUUCGGUUGCCCCUGGUAACAGCACGCCCGUGUAUGAAUCCAUCUACAAGGAGGGAAAAAUCAACCAACCGUUUAACGCCCUCUACAAGGGACAAGCAACUGGAGACCUGGCACCUGAAUCAAUCACUUUUAUCCCUCCCGAAAAGACUGGAGUUAACAAGCCUUUCCUUCUCGUGACUGGUCGUGUAAGCGGAACAGUAUCUAUGUAUGAGGUGAUCGAUGUCCCCUAUUGGAUGUUACUGAAAACACUUGGUACCAACAUGGAAGGAAGCGCCAUAUCUGUGACGUCAUCAGCAGUCAGCACAUUCUUCGCGUUUUUGGCGGGGAUAUUUACUAUCUUCAUGAGAAUAUAAUAUACCCUAAAUAAAUUCGGUGCAGCUCUUUCUCUAAGAAAAUCUACUUUAAUCUAAAUCUUAUUACAGAUUUCGUACAUUUAACCCAUUCGUUAACUUUUUAUAUAGAUGCAAUCCAAUCUUAUACUUGAUAAAGGCAAGUCCAUGAAAAAUGCCACUUUUACAUACUUCCCAAGCUUCUGUUUUGCUGGUUGUGAAAGUCACUUCAAUAUUUUUCAUUACAAGUCACUUAAGUGGGUAUUUACCUGCCAUUUUUAAGGAUAAACAAUGUACUGAUGUAAACCAUCGCUUUGUGUAUUUUGUUGGAAAAAUGCAGAGAAAAACGAGAUCAAACAAACAAUCAAAAUAAUACUGGGAAAUGGAAUUGGGUAAACAUCUAUUUUGGUGUACCAAAUUAUGUGGACAACUGCUGUAAGUUAAAAUAACUACUCGUGGAAUUAGCCACAUAAAAUAAGAUCAUGGUUACCAUUGAAUGAUUAAUGCGACAAAAUAAUCAUUUUUAAAACACAUUUUCGUGUUUAUUAAUUCUCAUGCAAGAUGGUAAAGAAGAUAUUUUUGUAUCUAAAAAAGAAGGGCAUUUUGUAUGAAAAUGCAUUAUACUUCAAUAACUUUAUAAGAUAUGUGAUUUUAAUUUCCCCAAUUGGCAUACAACAGGACACAGGUAAAACAAAAUAUUAAUACAUAUGCACUUUACAAUAAGCCAUCAAACAUGUUAAACAAUCUACCGGAGGGAUUUAACGAUAUUCUUAUUUCAUUUGUGUAGUUAUGACAUGAUAUUUGUCUUACAAUUCUUUAUUGAUGUUACUGAGCUUUUCUUGAAUUACUGUUCUUAUUUGUAUGUGAUAUUUGUAAAUGUGCAAUCGUAACCGGGCUUUUGCCUGUAUAAAAUUAGUCAAUAAGAUUUGUAUAGGCUCCAAUUGUUUUGUACUCAAAGGAAUUCACAUAUUUAUUGUGAACUUGCAAAACGGGGGUUGUUUUAGAUUUGUAUAUCCAGACAUUUUCCAUGUGAUUUUUGAAUACGGAAAUAUUAACAAUGGUGCGCCUACUAUUCAUAAACUCUAAAGCUUAUACUGUUUGAUAUUCAUUAUAAGUGCAAUAUUUUGUAAAUUUAUGGUCAACAAAACAAUAAAUUGCGUAUUAACAACA